UUUUCUUUCAGAUUCCUCUCGUCGAGACGUCGACGCGUGCAGUAUACAGAGCUCGUCGACGGGCAAGUGCAAGUGUAGCCGCUGGUAAUACAGGCAGUCCAGCCAGCCGAGCGCUGGGAAAGCUGCCGGUACUCUGUGAUCUCCGACCUCGGCGAAGACGUCAACGCAACGGCCCUUUUGGAGAGAAGGGAUAGGGUACCUCGAUCAACUCGACGCGCAAGUGAGCAACCGAGCCGGACAUUCAUCCCCUCGAUGCUUGUCGCGCGAGGGCAGCUAUAUACCAGCGAAGAAGAAGGGUAGAAUAGAUAUCUUGUAGAGUGCAACAACACACGCAAACAAAGCUGGGCAAGUAGAAGUGCGCAGGUGCCGUGUGUGGUUGUUGGUGCCCCUCGACCCCUGUUGGCUAAUAUAUACACACAAUUGCGAGAGAAGAGAAAAAACAUCAAGCAGAGAAAAAGAAAGAGAACAAGCAACGCAAGCAUCUUGCAAUAAUAAGGUUAGGACGAGUGUGUGUGUGUGUGUGCAGUUACAAUCCCGUGCGUUGUGCAUAGCUUGCGUCAGAAUCGUUUUGACCGAGUUGGGGGCCGUUUAUAAAUAAUUUCAGGGCCUUUGGGACUCGAAAGAGCAGUUCCACCACGAGGACCGGUUAUCUGUACGUUUUUCGCGAAUUGCAAAUCUUUGCAGAUCCACCUUUUUUUUUUUUUUUUUUUUUUUUUCAUUUCGGAGCAUCGCUGCGACCCCAGCGCCAUACCCGGCAGACCUCGACAAGCUCCCCACAACAACGAGCCUCGCCAUUGGUCGAGGUCUCUCUCUCUCUUGGUGAGGACAAAGAGAGAGAUAGAGGGCCCAGGAAAUCCGCGGACGGUCCGCUUGCCCCUCGAGGCGACCUGUUGGCCGGGACCGUUUGUCGCACAAAAAGAGUACGAGGUUGAGCCCUCUAGGUGCCUCAAAUCGUGCUGAGCUCUUACACACACGCAUACACACACAAUCAGCGAAGGAGAAACAACAACGUCGUCGUCGUGCGUCUCUGUCGCGCUUACGCGAUGAUCAUUUGUGCGCGCGCGCGCUAUUUCUCUCUUCGUCUCUACAGUACUUGCUCGCGCGCCCCGAGCCGAGCGCAUCUCCAGUGUAUCUACAAGUACAACUCAGCUGUUGCGGCGGACUCGAGUGGCCCGCGGCGGGAAGAAUAACCAUCACCCAGGCCCCAGCCGACGACCACGUGACUCGGGGGGGACCCUGCUGCUCUUUUCCUAGCGCCCGCACUCUCUCACCAUCACCUCUACAACACACAUCUACACCUAGUGGAUUUUCAAUACGUAUAUGUAUAUAUAUAUAUUUUUUUUUUCGACUCAUUGCCACACAAAUAUACAGUACAUUACAGCUAGCCAAUACUCACCGACACACGCGCAACUGCACGAACGCGCGCUUAUGCUUGCGGCAGACAUGGCGCAUCACCAACAACGUAUAACGUGAACGGCUGCUGCAUGGAUGCAUCAGGCCCCCUCGUCCGUGUGUGUGCCCUCGUUGUCGUCACAGUUGUACACUGACAGUUAAGUGCGUGUGUUUCGUGUGUAUGAUAUCGGUGCGCGGUGAUAGUACGCGGGGGUGCAGGAAUUGCAGGCACUGUGUGUUGACAAGAGCGCGCCACGUGCCGAGCAAGCGAGACGGAGCAACAAAAGUUACCGGGGGGGCAGAGAGAGAAGGGAAGGAGUCGUCAGCAGAGGAGCGUUGUUAUUGUUGUUGUUUACACACGGACACAUACCUAACAUUCUAGCCCCCGGGGGUGGCGCGCGGGUGGUGCUGGUGCUAUGUCCGCGCAACGCGCGCGCGGGCGAGGAGCCCGCGCGAGAAAGUCCAUGCCCGCGGUAACCGAGCCCCGUUAUGUCGACAGGGCCAGAAGAGCCUCGGUGGCGGCGGCGUUGGCGGCAGAAGAGCAACCUGACCCGAAGAUGUCGGGGGGCCGGGGGGUCAGCAAACGCCGGGGCCGCCCACCCAAAACAGUCGUCAUGGAACGCCCCAAGAAGUUCCAGUAUCACUUGAUGAAGAAGCCCAAGUACCUGCAACAACAGCAGCUGCAGCGCGCUGACUCCGAGAGCCGGGUGGGCUCGCAGCCUAGCACGCCGACAGUUUCAAGACCGGGCACUCCACUGGAACCAACAGAAGAGACGCCGGUACUUGGGACGAGACGUAGCACACGCAGCCGGCGCUCCAAGAUCGGUACUCCGGCAGCCGUGGCCUCCAGCAGUGCGUCAGCGUCGAGAGCAGCGGCUACGCCGAGCGGAGGAGGUGGCAGGAAGAAGGGUGGAUCGGGUUACGGUCGUCGAGGCUACAACACGAGCUUGGACUACCACGACUCCGAGUACCACUAUGGCUCGGACUUUGGCGACGAGUCGGACGAGAAGAGCAACGACGACGACGACUUGUUGAUGCAGAGUGAAGAUGAGUCCUCGGAGAGCCUUGAGGAGCCCGAUCCCUCGAGCGACAGCGACUUCUCGCUUUCGAGCUUUAGUACGGCCAGUGGGACGCCCAGACGAGCGCUUCUCGGUCAGCAGCGAGCCCCUAGUCCAGAGCCUCUCUGGCUGCAGAACCGCGAGAUCCCGCAGCUCGAGUUGCCGCGCUCCUCCGACGAUCUGCUCGUGACUCGUGACCUGGUGAUGCCGUGCCUGUCGAUCUACGAGGUGCUCCGGCACUUUCGCAACCUACUCAGGCUGUCGCCCUUUAGGUUUGAGGACUUUUGCGCAGCCAUGGUCUGCGAGGACCAGAGUAAUCUCCUAAACGAGAUCCACAUAACUUUGAUCAAGGCUCUGCUGCGCGAGGAGGACUCCCAGCAGACGCACUUUGGGCCCCUCGACCAGAAAGACUCGGUGAACAUAAGUUUGUACUUUGUGGACAAUCUCACUUGGCCCGAGGCCCUCCGCUCUUACGUCGAAAGCGACAAGAGCUUUGACCAAAGCAUUUUGGGCAUCCUAUCCAACAACGAUUACCCGUUCGUUCCUAUCGAGGACAGGCUCAAAAUUUUGCAGUUCUUGACUGGACAGUUCCUGAUAACCAACCCUGUGAGGGAGGAUCUUCUCCACGAAGGAGCCAAAGAUUACGAUGACCAUUGUAGAGUCUGUCAUCGAUUAGGCGACUUGUUGUGCUGUGAGACGUGUCCAGCAGUUUUUCACUUGGAGUGUGUUGAUCCGCCGCUUCGCGAUGUACCGCCAGAAGAUUGGCAAUGUAAUAUAUGUAAAGCUCACAAAAUAACUGGCGUUAUGGACUGUUUGCCGGAUGUUGAAAAAAACGGUCUGCUGUGUAGGCAAGAACACCUAGGCUUCGACAGACACGGACGAAAGUACUGGUUUCUCGUCAGAAGGGUUUUCAUUGAAAGCGAGGAUGGAGAAAUAUGGUACUACAGUAUGCCCUCACAACUGGAAGAACUAAUGGACUCGUUGGAUCAAAAUGACAUGGAAGUAGCCUUGUUCAGAGAAUUGUCUGAUUAUAAGGAUGAAAUCGUCCGUCAAAUGGAGAUUACUGUCACCAUCACGAAUCAGUAUAAAGGCAACAAAAAAUCCUACUUGGAGGUGGAGAACAGUAUCAUUUUGAAGAUGCAGAAAGAGCGUCAAGAGAAAUUAGAGAAAGAAGAGGAAGAAAGAAAGGAAAAAGAAAAACAAGACGCCAAGGAAAUGGUUCGCAAAAUGCACGAAGAUUCAGAGUCGACGGAGCAGCCGUUUGCGACAUCUGCUCAGAUGGAAAGCACAAGCCAAGAGCCCAACGAAGAGCAAAAAUCGGAUGAAGCUAUUGACGGAGAAAAUGCAAGUGUGAACGAAGAAAACGGUAACAAGAGUAAGGUUGAGGGCGAAAGUAUGGAAACCGAUGAGCUGACGGAGGGUGUCGAUGGUAAGAAGAAUAACAUCGUGACCAGAUCGAAAACCGGAGCAUUGACACCUAGAACGUCGAACGCUAGUGAGAUAGUAAAAAAGAAGGAAGCCGGCAUCAUGCUGAAGGAGGACUCGGAGAAAAGCGAAAAAACCCUCAAGGAAGAGUCCGAGAACGCCCGUCUAACGCGUCAGAAGUCGUUGCAAAUCGCGACGGGCAUGCAUCUGUACAAACUCGGCAUGGACAACACUUUCAAGUCGUACAUUAAUCAAUUCACAACGAACCCGAUAGCGCUCAAUAAGGCACAGCGCAACGAGGAGCGCGACAAGAAGCGCCAUUUGUCGCACAAGUUUGCCCUCAGCCAAAGCGUGGACUUCAAGUGGAUCGGUAGCCUCACGGGAUCCAAGGCCCUUCUGAUCCAGACUCUGCGUCAAACUCUCCUGCAGCUCGAGAGCAGCAUCCAGGCACCGUUUAUGCACACGAAUUGGCCGGUACUGCGCAAGCCGUGGACAACUGCCGUCAGUGGUUGCCUCAAUCCGCGAGAUUUUGCGCGCGCGCUCAUCGCCCUGCAAGCUUGCAUAAAGUCGGUUGUCUUUGCAAGCGUCUGGCACGAGCAGCUCGGCCACGUAAAACUGCAGCGCGUUACUGCUUUAGAGCGCGAGGAAAAGAAGCGCCUCGACAAGAAGGAGAAAAAGGAAAAGGAGGACGAGGAAGAGCGCAACCGAUUGACGUAUAACUUUGUUAAGUAUACUCUGGGCUUGCGUCACCAGAUCUACAAACAAAAAGGUGAAGAAUACCGUGUGCAUGGUCAGUGGGGCUGGCUCUGGAUCUCGGCUAGUCGGAGGUACAAGCUUCAAGACUCUACUAAAAUGGGUCUGCGCACGGGGCCACAGAAGAUCAUGGUCCAAGUACGCGAUCAGGGUAACUUGAAGAUUUUGACGGUUGAUCCGCCUACCUACGAGUACUUAAUCAAAGAGUUUAGUUCGUCCGAAAACAUCGAUAGCUGUGACACAAUUAAGCAGGAAGUUAAGUCGGAAGAUUCCGAGGUUGAAAAGAAAAAUGAAUCGACUAAGCAGGAAAAUGAAAGUGAAGAUAACAAGGUGAGUGAAGGCAAGGACGUCAAGCCGGAAAUAAGUAACGAAAAAUCGGAGAUCAAGGAAGAGUCCCCCGCAACUAGAGUAAACUUACCAGUUUUGUCAGGUAUCAAGAUCCAAAAGGUUCUCAAGCCAGUGACGUCUUUCGAAGAGAUCGACGUAACAAAAAUCUUGACGACACCUGGCCGAGUGUUUUAUCCUAAAAUUGCUAAAAAAACACGAAUCGACGACUUCCUCGCUAGACGCACGCACUUGAAAACAUUGGAAGAACGACGACUGUUGUCCCAGUCUGAGAAACUCAAAGAGCAAGCCAGCCAAAAAGCCAUUGAUGAGUCAAAAGGGAUCACCACCGACUCAAUCGGAGGUCCAGCCGGUGAUGCAAAUUUGCAAAACAUCUUGUCGGACAACAAGCAAACGCCCAACAAAAUCGUCACUCCGGCAGUGAAGAACCUGAUCAGCGCGGCCAUGAAGCAGCGCCUGCAACAGAUCAAAGUGCAAUACUUCAAUCUGACUCGGUUACUCGAUAAGAACCCGAUUUGCUACUCACGGUACUGCAAUUCGGCAAAUAAGAGCUUGCUGAACAAAAACUCCCUGCAAAAUAUCGCCGUCAACUGCUAUUCACCGCUCUGUCUGAAGAAGAUUAAGCUCAGGCGCGAUCUUUUGAUGCUGUUGAGGAAGGUCAAUGAAUUGGGUAGCCAACAAAACGUUACCGUGACGGGACCUAUGCCAAUGGGACAAAUAGCUACUGUCAAAACAGAAACAGCUAAGGAUGGCAAAGAAAAUAUAGUCAAAAAAGAAGCGGAUUCGGCAAGCACUGAUGAAAAACCAAGCGACGCCGCCCAAAGCGAAGCAACAAUUACAUCCCAGGAUGGCGGUGGUGAUGCUCCCAGUGCUAAAAAGAUGAAAACCGAACCAGUGGAAAAGACCGAUGAUGAGGUAAAAAGUGAUCAAGUUGUUGUAACCACAAAUAAUGUAAUUACAACUACCACGGUGACAACGACCACGCAAACGAUAAAGAGUGUCGACGGUGUCGUUCAGAAUUUGCAAGAAACCACUACUUCUUGCAACUCGAUAGACGUGAAGUCUGAAGUGAAAUCAAGAACGUCACCAAAAACAAUGACAAUCGUGAAUCGAAGAGGUAGAACCGUGCAAAGGACGAUCCAGACCAAAGAGUUGACCGCCGAUGGCACGGAAAAAAUAUACUCUGCGAUUUCGACGGAAGGAAAAGUGUACUUGAAAAAAGUGACUGUUUCCCUAGCUGACAGAAAAAAGAAGCGCACGCCGGUGAAAUACCCUCUGUGCUCGACAUUCUGCACGAAAACCAAGCAUCGCAGUAUAUUGGUUCUCCCUCAGCACGAGUUGAGGAAAUUAGCGCGCGCCGGUGGCAAACAACCUGUUCAAGGAUUCCACCAUAUAGCGAAGGCAAAUAUGGCAGUGUGGCCUUACCCCUGUUCAAGGCCUCUUUUCAAGACUUGUUGGUUGUAUCGAACCGUUGGCUUGAAAUCUCUCGCAGCCGCAGCUCUUCAGCUAAGAAUAAUGUGGUCGUGUAUAAGGUGGGACGACGUUAACACAAAGCCUUUGUCGAAUGAUGGAAAACAUCAAAUCACCACUGACACGGAAAUCAUGUCCCUUGAAAUAUUAAAACACCGACACGUUGGCCAGUUUAUGGACAAGACGCAAUACCUCCGUCGUAAAGUCGUCAUUCCAUUGGAAUUGCCAAAACAAGUGAGAGAAGUAACGUCGAUACGUAGUGGCCUACGCAAGAGAAAACGACCAGAAUCGCCUCAAAGUACAGAACCUCAAGUGUCAGAAGAGUGGGUUGAUGAGGAUAAACUUGAACUGUGGGAGAUAAAACAAUAUGGUGAAAGGGUAGAAAAGGCUAAUACUCAAGUUAUUACUAGGAGUAGAUCCGGACCACAGACCGUUAUAUUAAACAGUAAUAAAAAUGCUGCGGGAGAUCAACUUGUCAGUGGCAAAGUCUCUGCAGAAGAAAUCAAAGAAAAGAUGGAGCAACAACUCAAAAUACAACGAGCAGCUCAUCAACAGAAACGAGCAUUGGAAAAUCUGAAAAAUCCAGGUACCCCUGGUUCUCAACUUGUGAAAGUUACUACCAAUUCUAAUCAAGAAGGUACCGUAAAACUGGUAACCAAAGUUGCCAUGCCUACGAAUUCUAAUACACCACAAGGUAAAACUCAGUUGACUUCAAUUUUGACUACACCAAAUCAAAACAAGUUUAUCGGCACUAGACGAAUUUACAUGACCAAAGCAGCGGACGGAACAACUAGAGUAAUUACGGGACCGACAAGCAUACUGCCGAAAACUAACCAGCAAGGACAAACGCCCAAUCACCCGAUGCUUGCAAAAGCCACUGCGACUCCGAGUACGCCUGUCCCAGCUGCUCCACAAAAAGUUCAAAUAUUGCGAGGUCCGGACGGCAAACUGCAAGUUCGGGGUCUCAUGCCUGGCCAGCAGCUGGUUCAAAUGCCGGAUGGCAAAUUGCACGUCCUCAAUACCAGUCAGACAGUCUCACCGAGCCCAAGCCCGCAGCAAGCGGUAGCCGCUGUAAAUACGCCGGUCAGUAGCGGCCCGGCUACUCCAACAAUUGUGAAAACAACGAAUCCUAAGAUUGUGGCGAAUAUUAUCAAGGCAGCAACCUCGACGACACCGACAACUGUGACGAAAAUGGUGACUCCAAUGAAAACGACGAACCAACAGUUGGAUCAGAUGAAGCUCAAACCAACUGCUGUGCAGUUGCAGCAAGUCAUGCCAGCGGGGCAAAAGGUUAAAGCUGCUAUUGUCAACUCUGGCGGGAUCGUCACGACUCCCGUAGCUCCCAAAAAUACAUUCGUCAUUGCUAAUACUGGCCAGCUCGUACAGGGCACGCAAAUUCUUUCUCCUGGUCAGAUGAUUGCCACGAAUCAAAUAGUAGUCAACAAUCCAGCUUUGGCACAGCAAUUAGCGUCUGGUAAAGCCCAACUGGCUACUAUAAAUGGUCAGCAAGUUUUAUUGCGUAAUGCAACCGCGGCAAAUCUGGUUCAGAUAAACCCAAGUAAUACUGGUAUACUUGUAAAAAAUGCCAUUACUCCAGUUAAGACUCAAACAGUGACAACAGUUCAACAUCAAACUCCAGCUACUCCACCAUCGAUGCCUGCGUUAACUAGCACUGGAACGACAACCAACAAUGCAAUAACAAAUACACCAACUCCUGUGUCUGGAACAUUUAAUGCAUCUGCAAGCUCGCCAAGCACACUCAGUGCACCCAGCACGCCUAACGCGCUUGCUACUGAAGCCACAACCCCUACACCUCCGUCUCCGGUAUCGACAACGACGACUAGUCCGGUAGUAGCUGCUACAACAACACCGAGCAGUCCAGAAGUUCCUCCUCAGCUAGUCGGCCAACCACCGGGAACAGAGUUGAAGACGGUUAUCGCUCAGGUCAUCCAAACAGCCGAGGGUCCGCGCAUAGUGCUCCAUGGCUUGCAGUCAAGCAACUUCACGCCUAGCCAGCUGGCUCUGGUGCACCAGCAAGUCAAGCAACAGCUGGUCAAAGCUCAGGAGGCUGCUGGCAGGCAAGGUGUUCUUGGACCUACAAAGAUUUAUUUAACGGUUCAACCUGCUGCGGCGGCUCAAGCUCAGCAGGAACAGCAGCAACAACAACCACAGGAGCAACAGCAGAAACAAAAAGAAACGGUGAAGAGUCCAACUGCGACACCGAUUAAGCAGGAGUCUUCCAUGGUACCGAUUAUCAAGCAGGAACCUGAGGCAACUCCGACUCCUCUUGUCAAUGCAGCGGACGUCAAGACUGAGGUCAAAGUGAAAAUAGAACCAAAGAGUGAAUCACCAGAAAAAAGCGUUCAGUCACCUCAAAAGACAAAAGUUCUUGUUCAACAAGUGCAAAGAGGAGCCCAACCAGCAGCUGCAGCUGCUGCAAAGACGCUAGACGAGUCUCAGAAAAGCAGCAUUGCUAAUGGACAACAGCCAGCUCUGGCGACCAAGGAAUCUAAAAAAUCGCCUGAAAAAUUCGAAGUCACUACAGAAUACAUUCAACAAAGCAUAAAGUACGCGCUGAAACACGAAAGUCUUAAUCCAGAAAUGGAAGAAAAACUGCUGCAGCUGCAAAGGUAUCACGAAAAACAGAGCAAGGGCUCGGAAGGCACGAUAAUGACCGUCCAGACUCCCAACUCGGCCACGCCCACGGCUGUUCGACCUCCAGCUCGCAAACGGCCUAUGCCCCCGUUGACGACACCAGCUGCCGCUCACAACGCUAGCAUCAACAAAGAUGACAAAAGUUGGAUGGGCGAGACGCCCAAGAGGAAACCACCACCCAGGCCGGAACCACGCGACGUGGUGUCAAGGUCACACGUGGAUGACAAGAACAAUCGCGCCAACAAGAUCAAAAGUGCACAGAUGCACUCAAAAAUGCAAGUUCUUUUGUUCAGGCAUAAAGAACUCUUGAAAAAAGAUAUACUCAAGCGAAGAGCCAUGCUUGAAAAAGAUCUUCAAGUCGAUGUUCAGAAAGACCUAUCGGCCGAGAUCGCUAACAGAACAAAAGCGGAGAGGCACAAGCAGGACGAGGUUAAAGUGGGCAGUGCUAAGCGUAAGGCGAAUGCCCAACCUGCACAGCAAAUCACUUCGCCGAACAAAAGUAGACCAAAGAAACAUAAGAGCCAUGGUCACCCGCUAGUUGUGGGCUCGUCUGGGACUCCCAGAAUCAAAAAGGAAAAACUAUAUUGUCUCUGCAGGACGCCUUACGACGAAACUAAAUUUUAUGUUGGCUGUGACCUGUGUAACAAUUGGUUCCACGGAGAUUGCGUGGAAAUAACCGAGGAAAUGAGUAAAACUAUGUCAGAAUUCGUUUGUACCGAGUGUCGACACGCACGUGAUACUCAAGAAUUAUAUUGUCUAUGCAAACAACCUUAUGAUGAAUCUCAAUUUUAUAUUUGCUGUGACAAGUGCCAGGAUUGGUUCCACGGCAGAUGUGUGGGUAUUCUUCAAUCAGAAGCUGACAAUAUCGAUGAAUAUGUGUGUCCUAACUGUCAGCGAAAUUCUUCUGUCAAUUUCGCUAAUAUGAAAAAUCUUAAUGCGAAAGACCUUGAACUACUAAAAAAAUUGAUAAAACAAAUACAGUUACAUAAAAGUGCUUGGCCAUUCAUGGAACCAGUAGACCCUAAUGAAGCACCAGACUAUUAUAAAGUCAUCAAAGAACCAAUGGAUCUUCAAACCAUCGAACUUAGAAUAAACGAUAGAUCUUAUAAGAAACUUAGCGAGUUUAUAGGUGAUAUGACAAAGAUAUUUGACAAUUGUCGUUAUUACAAUCCCAAAGAGUCGCCCUUCUUUAAAUGUGCAGAAUCUUUGGAAACUUAUUUUGUAAAUAAGAUUAAAUGUUUAAGAGAAAAGUUCUCGGAAGGGAAGUGAAACUAAACAUAAACUAAAAAAAGUGUCUAUGUUGUAAUUAUCAAGUUAUGUCUUGAAGUGAUGAAGAAAAUAGGUUAAAGUAAAGGGCAGAAAUGUUCUGGUGUAGGAUGCCAUCAUCUUUUAUUCAAUGAAUUUGACACAAUAAACGAAGAGAACAUUGUGUCAAAAAUUUUAUGAAGAUGGUAUGUUGUCGAUGUUUAAGAGAUAAUUUUUCAGACAAAAGAUGUGCACUUUCAGACGUAAAAGUAAUAAACUUCUAUUUAUUUUAAUUAUUAAAAGUACAAAAUUAGAUUAUGGUUAAAAAAAAUUUUAUUUCAUUCACAUCUGAUCUUUUGUAAAAAAACAGACAGUCCUACUCGUUACAGCAAUCUAAUUAAAAUAUUAAAAACAACUACAUUGCAUUGUAAAAUAAUCAAAUUUUAAUAGAGAUUGAUAAAUAUUUGUUAUAUUUUAGUUAUUUUUUAAAAGUAAUUAUACAGCAUCAAAAUAAAUUGUAUGUACAAUUUCAUUCGAGUAUGAUACAUGCUUUUGUAAAAUAUAAUAAAUAUUAGUCGGAAAGCACUUUAUGUUGGAAAAUUCGUUUAUGUAAAACGGAAACGAGUGCGGUUGUAUGAAUACUUGAGAUAAAUUUUUUACUUUCUAAAUUAAAUUUUUGAAAAAUGAAAAAAUAU